AAGACUUUCAUUUUGAAGGUUUAUACCGGAAGUGCCAGCUGUGAUUGAAGCCAGUUUGACGCUUGUCCUGACUGCUGCACCCAAACAACACUUUCUGUCAUAUUGGUAUUUACUCCUGUCCUUUGAACAACACAGCACCUUGACUGGACUGAUUAGAAAGCACAGCUAUGUGCAGCUGUGUGCGGAGCUCCAGGGCUCUGUCCCCUGUUCUGCUCCCCAGGCUGCUGCUUCCCCACACGGGGUACAGAUCGAGCGGAAGGGGACUAUGGACCUCCCCACAAUGCAUGACUGCCAAUGGAGACUCCCAGCUGCUUCCACUGCCCAGCCAGGCCCGUGUGGUGAUCUGUGGAGGAGGUAUUGUGGGAACAUCAGUAGCCUUCCAUCUUGCCAAACUGGGCUGGACUGAUAUAGUGCUGCUGGAGCAGGGCAGACUUGGUGCAGGAACAACCAGACUGUGUGCUGGUAUUGUCAGUGUGGCCAAACCUAUUUCCAUCGAGUGUCAAAUGGCAAACUACUCCAAUAGUCUUUAUCUGCAGCUUGAGGAGGAGACUGGUGUCAAAACAGGUUAUGUGAAGACAGGGUCUCUGUGUCUUGCCCAAAAUCAGGAUCGCUUCCUCUCUCUGAAGCGCCUGGCAUCCCGACUAAAGGUAAUGGGGAUCAGCUGUAACAUUAUUAAACCUAAAGAGGUGGCCAAACUACACCCUCUUGUUAACAUUCACGACUUGGUGGGGGCGCUCCACCUGCCUGGAGAUGCUGUAGUGUCUCCACCGGAUGUUAACCAUGCACUGGCUGUGGCUGCUGCUGGACAUGGGGUUCAGAUCCUGGAUCGAACCACUGUUCAGCAGGUAUUAGUAGAGAAGGGUCAAGUGAUGGCGGUGGAGACGGAUCGUGGCUCAAUUGAGUGUGAAUAUUUCGUCAACUGUGCUGGACAGUGGGCUUAUGAGCUGGGCCAGGCUAGUGAGAUGAAGGUGUCGGUUCCUCUUCAUGGCUGUGAACACUUCUACCUCCUCACCAAACCUCUCCAGGAGCAACUUUCACCCAACACACCAGUGGUGAUCGAUAUGGAUGGCAGGAUAUAUGCACGGCCGUGGCAGGGAGGGCUUCUGUCAGGGGGCUUUGAGAAGAACCCCAAACCCAUCUUCACUGAGGGACGCAACCAGCUGGAGAUCCAGAACAUGCAGGAGGACUGGGACCACUUUGAGCCAAUGCUCAGUGCCUUGUUGAGGAGAAUGCCAGGUCUUGAAUCAGCUGAGAUUCAUCAGCUGGUCAACUGUCCGGAGUCCUUCACCCCUGAUAUGCGCUGCCUGAUGGGAGAGACGCCGGGUGUCUCUGGCUACUACGUGCUGGCAGGGAUGAACUCCUCGGGCCUGUCCUUCGCUGGAGGAGCUGGCAAGUACUUGGCAGAGUGGAUGACCUAUGGUUACCCCACUGCCAAUGUCUGGCCACUGGACAUCAAACGCUUUGGCAACCUGCAGAGCAGCAGAACCUUCCUGCGACACAGAGUAAUGGAGGUCAUGCCCCUGCUCUAUGAAUUAAAGGUUCCUCGCUGGGACUUUCAGACUGGCCGUCAGCUGCGGACCAGCCCUCUGUAUGACCGUCUGGACACCCAGGGAGCUCGCUGGAUGGAGAAACAUGGUUUUGAAAGGCCCAAAUACUUUGUUCCUCAUGGAAAAGAUUUGCUCUCUCUGGACCAGAGUAAGACGUUCUACAAGCCGGACUGGUUUGACAUUGUUGGAGCAGAAGUGAAAUGCUGCAAAGAGGCCGUCUGUGUCAUCGACAUGUCCUCCUUCACCAAAUUUGAACUGACUUCAUCGGGCGACCAGGCCCUGGACCUGCUGCAGCAUCUGUGUGCCAAUGACCUGGAUGUUCCUGUUGGACAUAUCGUCCACACCGGCAUGCUGAAUGAGAGGGGAGGCUAUGAGAACGACUGCAGCGUCGUCCGCCUCAGCAAGAACAGCUUCUUCAUUGUCUCCCCGACAGACCAGCAGGUCCACUGUUGGUCCUGGAUAAAGAAACACAUGCCCAAUGACCCACACCUCCACCUAGAGGACGUCAGCUGGAAAUACACUGCUUUAAAUCUGAUUGGACCUCGUGCAAUGGAUGUUCUGGCUGAGCUGUCGUAUGUUUCCAUGACACCUGACCACUUCCCUUCUAUGUUCUGUAAGGAGAUGAGUGUCGGCUAUGCCAAUGGGAUCAGAGUGAUGAGUAUGACUCACACUGGAGAACCAGGUUUCAUGCUCUACAUACCUAUAGAGUAUGCACUGCAUGUGUACAACGAGGUGAUCUCAGUGGGUCAGAAGUAUGGGAUUCGUAAUGCAGGCUACUACGCACUGCGCAGCCUACGCAUCGAGAAAUUCUUUGCCUUCUGGGGUCAAGACCUCGACGCCUUCACAACCCCGCUGGAGUGUGGACGAGAGUUCAGGGUUAAAUUUGACAAGGACACAGAUUUCCUCGGUCGUGAGGCCUUGCUGCAGCAGCGUCAGGACGGUGCGUCUCGUCGAUUCGUCAUGCUGGUUCUGGAGGACCAUGACACUGAGCUGGACCUUUGGCCGUGGUGGGGUGAGCCCAUCUACCGUAACGGUCAGCUAGCCGGGACGACCACCAGCAGCGCCUACAGCUACACUCUGGAGCGCCACGUCUGCCUUGGCUUUGUAUCCCCACCGCCAGGCCCAGAGGGGCUCCCCACACCCAUCACCCCAGACUUCAUCAACCGUGGCGACUACGAGGUGGACAUUGCUGGCCAGCGCUAUCCAGCCAAAGCCAAGCUCUACCCUUUCAGCUCCCUCUUCACCCAACAAAAACGUCGCAAGGAAGACAUAGAGCUCAGCAACCUCCAGGGGAAGUGAUGCAGAGGAACUGAGGGCAUCGUUUCAGUAACACUCCCCCAGUUCACCAAAUCCACUCCUGCACUUUUACCUGGCAGUGCCAACCCAUUGUCUCUUUUCUCUCCUAAUCUGAGGGCUGUAUGCACAAUCACUCCACGUCUCUCUAGGAUUUAACUUACAUGCUGCAUCUCCCUCUGUUCAAGUGCAAUAUUUAAGAGGCACCAAAUGCUUGAGUUGUAUUUUUUUAUCCCCUUUUCAGUCUGCCCCUUUUUACUGAGAAUUGGGGGUUGUUGGCAGUGGAUGUUUAGGGGGAUAGCAGGCCGACAAUAGAUGCCACAUAGAAGUGGUGUACAUCAUCUGGAAGCUGUGGAUCUGAAGAUUAAUUUGAGUUGCAGAUUCGGUUUAAAAUCAGAGAUUUCUAUAGCUAUACAUUUUCUGAAUGCUCUAGUUUGUGGUUGUAAAGGUUCACUAGGGUGUGAUUAUCCUAGAGGUCACAGCAAGUCGUUUUAUACAGUGAGGUCAAGUUGCAGAAAUGCUCUCAAUGAAAUGAAAUGGCUACUGUGGGGUCUAACAUCAUCACACUAUUGAAUUAAAUUGGGCUCAUUGAAUACACAAGACUCUCAGCUUUCCAUUCAUACUCAAUUCAGUAUGCAGAAAUAUUCAUAUGCAAAAGGUGAAAAUAAUGCAUGAGAAAAACAGUGUUUUUUGCCUUAAGUGCAUUUUAUCAUCAUUAAGCUUGUAUGUAAAGAGGACACUUGUGGCUACUCAUAGAGCCCAUUUUCAUUCAAAUACCGGGAACCAGUGACAGCCUUUGAAGGGGAAAAUCCGAAGGCCCACCAAUGGGACAUCAGAUUUUUGCGCCAACUUUGGCACGUUAUUUGACCCCCUUCCUGACAUUAUAUCAUAACAUGGUCAUCUAGUUUCAUCUAUCAGUAGCUUUUCAAUGGCCUGAAAAAUGUAGCCUAUUACAGCCCCUGAAAGAAAGAAAAGGGCAAAAGAAUCUGAUGUUUUGCUGGCGGGUCUGUGGAUUGCCAAGGGGUCAGCAAUACAACAAUACUCCUGCAGUUGUUCUUCAGCCCUGCCGUGCUUCACACUCAAACACAGUCCACAGUUUACUGGGACAGCCUGCAGUUAAGUGCCUUUGUUAAGGCAACAUCAACAAUAUGUGUUGAGGGCUCUUUCACUUUGUUCACUUUAACCCAUCCAGAAGGGAUCUUGACAGACAAUCUUCUCCAGUCGUGUUUCAGUCACUGUAACACUUCGACACUGCACAGUCUGAAAGUGCAAAUGCCUUCACAGCCAAUGCAGUUGUUCACACCAUUGUCAUUUUACAAAUUGUAAAUUUGCUGCUGUAAAGAAUAUGAGUGAUGUGAUGUAGAGAGUGAUGUGGCCUAAUUUAGAUCCUUUGUACUGUCCACUAAUAUCAUCCCACUACGUUGUCCUUCUUAGUCAGGGGGAAAUAUCAGGAAGCCUGAUCAUUAGUAAACCUUUGUUUACUCAUCUUCCAGUCCUGAUAAAAAGGCUUCCUACGUUCUCCUAAAGUAAAGCAAACUGUUCUGUUUGUUAUGUGUUUAUCAUUAACCUCCAGCUGUUCUGGUGUUUUUCUGCUGCGUGUCGAGCUUGUGGUAUUGCAUUUACGGUAAUAGAAUCCGCCCUGUUAUUUAUGUUUUGUGGUCGUUUUAAAGCAGCGUUGCGCUUUUGAAGUUUUGUUUCAUUGCCGUGUCAUUGAAUGUGUGGCUGAUGUCAGGUGACUCACAGAUGAGGGAAGACAGAAAGGGAGAGCUGACAGACUGUUGGUUGGAGUUAACAAUAUCUUACCUUUGUGAUUUGAUUUUGCCUGAUCUAGAGUUAUGAUGUUUAUGUGAAGGCAGGACUUCAAUGCGAUUUGAAAUAAAGCGGUGUAUUUUUGUAAAGCUAGUGUGUAUAAAAUCUCUAUUUUCACUACCGCACCUUUUUUUCUAGUCAGUCAGCUUUAAGUCAUAUCAGACAAAUGAAUCAUCUAUACUUUCGUCCGUUGAUUACUUCUUGUCUUCAUUCGUGUGCAUUAUUUAAUUUUUUCCCCAGAAUUAUUCUAUACAUGUAAAUACCAGGCUUGAUGUUUUCCUAUUCGUCAUUUUGCUUCUUGUCCUCUUCGGAGGUCAAAAGUUAGAAAGAGCUACAAAUCUGGUGGUGGGGAUUAUUUUUAGCAGCAGCCCUGUUGUUCUGAUAUGAGUGACAGUUGAAAGUUGUAUUCAUCCAUCCAAUUGCAUCAUACUGGGAAAAUAGUUGACAUUUGAGCGUUUGAUUACUGCGUGAGUACUCUGUGUUUCUUGCUCAAAAGGCGCCAAACUGUGUGUUCUCCUGCUGGGAAUGUGAAAGCUAGCCUGACUGGCUAAAACCACCCUGUUGUGCAGCAUCAGAGCUCUGAUGUGCUGCUUCCUGUAAUUGUCAUAUUCAUUCAUCUUAUUUCCAGCAUUUAGUCAGUUUGGACUGUCGUAUAAGGUUUUCAUCCAUAGUCAGUGUGUUACCUACAAUAAAUGAUGGUCGUCCAAUUUGGAGAAACAGGCUGGAGUACCAAUGUGGAAGCUAAGCGAUGUCCUGCUGUGGUCACAGGCCGCAGAAAAACAAGUUUAGGUGUAGGCUGUAUCAGCUGUCUUCAGACAGCCCUUUCUGAUGGGGAACUGAAGUCGUAGACCAGCAGCUCCCAUGUUCUGUGAGGUUAAAUUACUGCUUUUGUCAAUGGAGUCUGGUGGCUAUGAGGAGAGCAUAAUAUAAUACUUUCAGUUCCCCAUCAUUGAUUUAGAUUUUUAGGUGGCUAAAAUAUGUUUUUCUGCUGCCCGUCCACAGCAGUAAAUUGUUCAGCUUCCUGUCUGCCCUUUACUGUAGCUGAUACACUGAAGUUCUUCAUACAACCCCACUAAAAAAAUGUCCAAACUAUCUUUUAGCACAGCUAAAAUGAUGGGGGGAAAACUGAAGGCAGAACACAGUGUAAUAACUCUCAGUAACUGACAGGCCUUUAAACAGACAGAUACACUUUAGACACCAUCUUAAUCUGUUGUGAAUGUUUUACAAUGCUGUAAAAGCUGCUGUACACAACAUUCAAAACGUUAAUAUAGCAGUAAAAAAACAUUUGCUAUAUAAAGACCUAGCGGAGUUAUUGUGUGUGUGUGUGUGUGUGUUGUAAUCUGAGCUUCUGUGUCCUUUAAAAAAUGUGCUUGUCUAUUUGGUGAAUCAAAAAAAGGGGCCAUUUUAAAAUGAUAUGUUGUGUGACAGACGGCCUAUUUACAAGGUAUCUCCAAUGCUUUGUCUGUAAUUUGUAUGAUUGGAAAAUUACAGAUAGGGCCUUUAAGUAUUUGCUCAGCGUGAGCACCAGAUUUUUAAGAUCAGGGGAGAAAAUUGCCGUCUCUUUUAGUUGGGAUAUUGAAGAAAAUCCAAUGCUGUGUUGACAAAACAGAAAUAUGGAAAGCCUCACCAAACCUUCAUACUAGUUUAAAUCCCCUUGCUAUUUAUUACUUUAAUAACAUCUCAGGCUCUACAACAAAUGGAGUACUACGCAUGGAUGAACACAUAAGCCCAGCCGAUGUAUAAUAUACUCUUUAGUUUCUGGUAUAUAACAUAUGAACUCAGAAUGGAUCCAAAAUCCCCCCAGCUGUAACGGAGUCACGCGUCACCUUUAAAGGGCUAUUUUCUCUUUCUGUGUGUUAUGUAUGUAAAAGGGUGUUGCUAUUAAAUUAAGCAUUUAACAUCUGAGAGUGCAGUAAAUCACUAUCAGUCUUUUUUUUUAAGCACACUGCUACAGAAGCUCUGAGAGGCAAGUGGGAAAUAAAAUAGGUGAUCCAUUUUCUAGUUUUCUCUCAUGUGUUUAUGACUACCGGUAAUCAAAAAAAGGUUUUGCUAGAAUUAUGUUUCAAAGUUCCUUGUUAAAAACAAACUGUUCAACAGUUUUUUCCACACCUGCUUAGCCGUUUGUUUGUUUUUAACAAGGAACUCAGACACAUAAUUGUAACACAAUCUGAAAUUGUUGCAAAAAAAAGGAAAAAUGAACUGAGAAAGACUGUCCUUGCAAAACCUUUUUUUUUCCACCUGAAAGAAAACAAUUUAUUCUCUCACUGUGCUGCUGUGACCUGACCUCCUGGUACUGUAGCAGCAACGUCUGCCCACACCAGUGGUACUCUUCUUUAGCUUUAUGUGUAAAGUUAUGGGUCUUUAGUUAUACAAGAAACUGACACAUUUUAGAUGUAUAACCUCUGUUUCUCGUAUCAGUAGUACAGUAUAAAUAAGGACCCAUUAGCUACAGUUUAAGCUAAAGGUAUUAAUCACAUUUUACGACAGGAGCUUGUGAUUAUUUAUGUCUCUUUAAGAGUUCAGCAAGGCUGUUUUGUAUUUUCAACUCAUGUCGGCUCCAGCAGCUGUGGGGACACCUGCAUUCAGUGUGAAGGUGUGUGAAACACAUUGCUGCAAAAACAAACUGCUGUGUUGACACUGAUGUCUUGACCUGUUAGAUCAUAUGAGCUGUUGUGAUUUUAUUUUUUUUCUCCAUUUGUCAAACUUCAUUUUUUGAGCGUACAAUUGAAGGGAAAUGACCCGAAACAUUUGCACUAAACUAGAGCAGCCUGCUGUUUUUUGUUACCAUUUGCGGUCGCAGUCUUACUGUGGUUUUCUCAGUUAUCAUGAGUUUUCUUGUAUUUCAAAGGUUAAAACUCUAUGAAAAAACAUUUACCAUCCAAGUUUAAGGCAAGAAACAGCAUAUGGUGCAAUGAAUGUCAGUGGAAGCCUGGAAAAAUACAUAAAGAAAAGUGUGUUGUCAUUUUUACUAAUCGGUUAAGUGGUUUUGUUGUCAUUUUCAGUGUUGAAACACAGUGACACUCCACAGCACUGAAAGACUUUGGUGCAUGUUUGUCUCUCAUUUAAUAUAAUCCAUUAUAACACCACUUGUACUGGAUUGAUCUGUAAAUGCCAUUUUUUUUUCUUCAGAGCUUUACAAUCAUGUAUUUAUAUCAGAUGUUUGGCUGUCUAAUGUACUUCAAGUAAAAUAUAUUAAAAUAAUUUUGUUGAA